AUGACGAUUGUAACAAUGUUUGUGAAAGAUGCCAAUAUUUCUGACCUUUUUUCCUUAGACAUCUUAGGAAUAUCUGAUCCAGUCGAAGUAAAAUCACGAAAGGAAAAGGAAUUUCUUACGAAGAAAUAUUUUCAAGAGACUCUACGAAUCAAUGAUGAUGGGCGGUACGAAGUUGCCUUACCGUGGAAAGACGAUCAUUUGCCUCUCCCAACCAACAAAGAUAUAGCGAUAAGAAGACUUCAAGUCUCAACAAAAAAGCUGAAUUCAGAAAAAUUAUUUGAUACCUAUGAUGAUGUCUUUAAGCAAUGGACUGAAUUGAGAAUAAUAUAUGAUGUCACAGAUGUGCAUGAUUCCACACCAGCACUUUCUUCCUCACCGACCUGUAGUCAAGGAACAUGGUACUACCAAAAUAUUGAAAAGGCCUUUUUGCAAGUGAGCGUUCGGUUGGAAGAACGAAACUAUUUGAGAUUCUUCUGGUGGAAUGAUAGCGACUGUAAAGAAAUUAAGGUAAUGCAACACAACAGAUUGGUCUUUGGUGUAAAGAGCAGCCCUUUUCUUUUGGGAGCAGUUUUAGAUUAUCAUUUGGGAAAAUCUUUGAAUGAUGCCAGAUAUAAUCAAGAUUAUGUUAAGAUUCUUAUUUCGAGUUUCUAUGUUGAUAAUUUAGUAACGAGCUUAAAUGAUACAUGUGAUAUAUUACCCUUCAUUGAAACGUCUCAAGCCAUACUGAGUGAGGGAAAAUUCAAUUUGAGAGGCUGGCAGUACACUAAUGAUAAUGGUCCUGAACCAUUUACUUCUGUAUUAGGACUUUUAUGGGAUGAUAAAUCUGGACUGGUUAGACACCUAUAA